AUGAAAAAAGAAAAAAUGAAAAAGAAAUAAAGAAAUAGCAACUAUGCUUGAAAAAUAAGGAACUGUGUCCUUAUUUAUGUCACUAUGUCCCUUCCAAGCUACUGCUACAAUCCAGUGCAGAUACUUACAAAUCGAAAGCAUAAGAGAAUGAAGCUCAAUAGUACAUCUUGUGCUCUUCCUUCUCGUUCCUUCUUCUUGUUGUUAUCGAUAGCUGCCAUUUUCAGCACCACUGCUAAUGCUGCUCCUUUGCUGUCAACUGAUGAAUCAAUUAGCAAAGAAAGUCCAUUUGCCGCGAAAGCUUCAUUGAUUCGUUACUGGAACAAACAAAUCUCAAACAACCUCCCAAAACCUUAUUUCCUUCUGUCCAAGGCCUCUCCUCUCUCUGCUGUCAACACUGCUUUCUUUUCGAAACUUGCAGCCUCCAAGAACCUUAAUUCUCACCUCUCCUCCUUCUGCUCCGCCGCAAACUUAUUCUGUCUCCACUCAAAACGCCCUCCCAAGCAAGAUGACAGUGCACAUUUCUCAUUCUAUUCCAACAGGCGCUUCUCCAACUACGGAGCCUCACGCCUCUCUGGCGACGACAGUUUCAAAAACUACUCAGGUGGAAACAAUUUUGCCACGGCCUCAUUUGCAAGUUACAGCCGCGGCUCAACUGAUCACAAAGAAGGCUUCUCCUCCUACGCUAAAGACGCCAAUGUGGCCAACUCCAACUUCACCUCUUACGCAGCCAGCACCACGGGAGGCUCUGGCGUGUUUGACAGCUAUGCUUCAACAGUCAAUGUCCCGGAUCUUCGUUUUGCAUCUUACAACUCGGAUGCUAAUAAUCACAAGCUCGCGUUUUCAAGCUAUGUUGAUGACACAAAUUCAGGUAAUGAGGCCUUUAUUAGCUACGGUAAAAAGGGCAAUGCUGGCCCCCUUGAAUUCACCAAUUAUGGCACCACAUCGAACGUUAUUGGUUCGACAUUCACCGGAUAUAGUGAGUCAGGUAAUGCAGCUAACAAUUCGUUCAAGGGUUAUAGCUCUGAUGCUAAUAACCCUAGUAACAAUUUUAAGGCUUAUGGUUUCGGUGUCAAUGGUGGUACUGAUAGUUUCUCUAGUUACCGUGACGGGGCCAAUGCUGGUGCCGAUACGUUUCUGUCUUACGGGAAAAAUUCAAAUCUGGAGAAAUCGAAUUUUGUUAAUUAUGGAAAAACUUUCAAUGAAGGAGUUGAUACAUUUAGAGAAUACGGAAAGGGAUCGCAUAAUCAGCUAACCGGAUUCAAAGCGUAUGGUUUGAAUACGACGUUUAAGGACUAUGCGCGAAAGGGUGUCACAUUUAGUCAGUACACAAAGCCAAGUAGUUCUGGUGAUGCAUUGGUUAGAAAGGUCAGGGGUAAAUCUGAGAACAAGCGUGGUUUUUCGGGUAAGUUUUUUAGGGAGUAUAUGCUGAGGGAAGGGAAGGUUAUGAGAAUGCCUGACAUUAGGGAUAAAAUGCCUGCUAGGUCUUUUUUGCCCCGGGUGAUUUCGUCGAAAUUGCCUUUUUCAAGUGAUGGACUAAAUGAGCUUAAACGAGUAUUUGGUGCUAGUGAUGAUUCGGGCAUGGAGGGCGUGUUGGUAAACGCCCUGGCAGAGUGUGAACGGGCUGCCAGUCCUGGCGAGACAAAGCGUUGCGUUGGUUCUGUAGAAGAUAUGAUUGAUUUCGCGACUUCUGUGCUGGGGCACAAUGUGGUGGUGAGGACUACUAAAAACGUUAACGGUUCCAAAAAAAAUGUUAUGAUCGGGAAAAUUAAGGCCAUCAAUGGUGGCAAAUCGACGUUAUCAGUGUCGUGUCACCAGAGUUUGUAUCCGUAUUUACUCUACUACUGUCAUUCUGUCCCGAAAGUGAGAGUCUACAUUGCAGAAAUUCUUGACGUGGACACGAAAGCUAAGAUGAACGACGGUUUGGCUAUAUGUCACGAAGACACAUCGGCCUGGAGUCCAGGUCACGGUGCAUUCGUGGCACUCGGAUCAAGUCCCGGGAACAUUGAAAUCUGCCACUGGAUCUUUGAGAACGAUAUGUCAUGGACAACUGCGGAUUGAUCACGUUUUGUAGUAGAAAUGUAAUAUUCAGUUACGUUCCCCGUACGUUUUCGAUAGAAGAGUGCUUCAUUUGUCUAACACUUUUAUUCAAAUAAUUUCGAAAUUUAUCCUAA